AUGUCGUCUAAUGCGCAUCUACGCAAUCCUCGUCCAAUUCGCGUCGGUUCUCCAAGCGCUAUUCUUCUUCCGUCCACAAAACCGGAAAGUCUUUCUGCGCAUCCCUCUUCAGCUAUACAAAUAAAUCAGACUGUUUCUUCCGCUGAUGUACCCUCCCAGAUGCGCCCGGCACCUCAGACUGUUAUUAUUCCGGCACCUACUACCAUUCCUCAAUAUUCUGGUACACCUUCUGAAAAACCUCUCCAGUUUUUACUUCGUCUUCAGCACUUUGCUUCCAGCAUGUACGGCUGGACUGAUACUGUAUUACUGCAGGGUAUUUCUACCUUUUUACAAGAUACCGCUUUAGACUGGUACACUCAACUCUCCCUUACUCAUGCCCUUCCUACUACUUGGUCGGAGUUUCAACACCUUUUCAUCGAACAAUUUACUUCCCCUCUUCGUCUUGCCCAAACCGAAGAGCAAUGGAAUCACUGUGUUCAACGUUCCGAUGAGCCUAUUAGUCAAUUUUUGGUUCGUUUACGGGGGAUCUGGUAUGAGGCAAAACCGACUGAGACUGAGCAUGAUUUAAUUCAACAUCUUUACGCAAAAAUGCGUCCGGAUCUAGCAACCUUUAUGGGUGUACUCGAGCAUCCUACACUUAAUCAGUUCAUGGAUAAAGCUCGCUCUGCCGAAAAAAUCAUUUUUUCCAUGCAACAACAACAACGUACGCUGAAUCAGAGUGUUGCACCGGCUACCUCUGUGGCUGUGUCCGAUCCUUUUCCUGCAUCUGUAACUCGACGUACCUCGGAUGGGGUAUGUUAUAACUGUAAAAAACCUGGACAUUACUCUUAUCACUGCCGUUCUCACCCUCAGUCACCAUAUCGAAAAAACUGA